GGCAGGGGUGUGUUUUCCGGCACAACACCUGUUGUGGCAGAGUCUCCUGGUGAAACAACCUCAACGCUUCGUACGGGGCUUCAACAUCCACCUUUUACCCAAACUAUCACACACCACACUCCAUUCAUGGGGCUGGCAUUAUCUUCAGUCUUCGGACGACUUUCUGGCAAAAACCAAAUCAGGAUUUUGAUGGUCGGGCUGGAUGCUGCUGGGAAAACCACCAUCUUAUACAAACUGAAGCUCGGCGAAAUUGUAACAACCAUCCCCACUAUUGGUUUCAACGUGGAGACCGUAGAGUAUCAGAACAUCAGUUUCACGGUGUGUGAUGUGGGCGGUCAGGACAAGAUCGGGCCCCUGUGGAGGCAUUAUUUCCAGAACACACAGGGCCUCAUCUUUGUAGUGGACAGCAAUGACCGAGAAAGAGUGCAGGAGGCUGCAGAUGAGCUCUCAAAGAUGUUGCAGGAGCAGGAGUUGAGCGACGCCGUUCUGCUGGUCUUCGCCAACAAACAGGACCUCCCCAACGCCCGGACAGUCAGCGAUCUCUCAGACACACUGGGUCUCAAUGCCCUCCGCACCAAAGCUUGGCACAUUGAGUCCACCUGCGCCACCCAAGGCACCGGGCUGUAUGAAGGACUGGAAUGGCUUGCCACAGAGCUGUCCAAGUAGAUGGACCGGACGGAUGAAAGAGUGACCUUUUCACGGACAUUCAAUCGGGAAACAUUUGGUCCUCCAGCAGCAGACUAGUAGGAGGAUGUUUUUUGAUUGGGAUGGUUAAGUCCCCAACUUGUAUCUUGAAGCCUAUUCCAUAUUAUCUUUGAUUAGUUUGCUUUAUUCUUCUUACCUUUGCAUUCCAUUCUAAGACCAGCAAUCCUUUUGAACACAAUGCAACUGAAUUCUUGAACAGUUGAUGGUCGUGUGGCCUAACAUUCAGUGAACCAUGUUGCCUGCCACUAAAUGAAUCCACAAAGGAA